ACACUUCGGCACAUUUUGCUAUUCUGCCACUCUGCCAUUUUGACACUGCCAUUUUGCCACUUUUUUCCUCGUGCCCCCUACACUUCACGGUUAUGCGCGAAAAAAAGAAAAAUUUGUAGAGCUCACAUAAGUACAUUUUUUCCUGUGCGCCUUUUACGCCAGAAAGGAGAAACAAAAAAAAAAAGGGAAAGCCAUUAUAUGAGCAAAUGUACGUAUGCCCCACGUUCACUCCCCACUAUGAAACCAUUCGUUUGUUAAAAAAAUGAUUUCCCUAGGGACUGCAUACGAUAGAUAAACGCAUACGAUAGAUAAACGCAUACGAUAGAUAAACGCAUACGAUAGAUAAAUACAUACAAUAGAUAAAGGCAUACAUUAGAACGUGUACACGUAUAUGCAGAUAUAUACAUAUGUAUAUGCGCCCUUAAGAUUACCCUUAAACAUGUACACGUAUGCGGCUGACAGGCAAAGAUACCCCUAACGUAAAAGCAGUGUACGAUUUUUCUUUCUUGCCGUCCAAGCUGCACAUAAAGAUACAUACUUAUCACCCCCCUAGAUAUAUACGCUCUUUUUAAGCCCCAAUGAAAUAUCUGGAAAAAGAUGCGCAAGAGAGCAGACCUCAUUACGAUGAUAGGGAUUAUGGGUCAUUGAGAAAAGAUUACCGAAGCAGUUACAAAAAAGUAUUGUGGCCACUCAAUCUUGGGAUUCAGGAUGUUGAAGAUAAAAAUCUAAAAAAAGAGUUGUGCCUAAUUGUUACUAACAUACCAGUUGACUGGUCAAAGCUGGACAUUACCUGGUUUUUUAGGGAAUAUUUUUACAAGCUAGCCAUUGACAGGAACAUCGAGUUCCCGCUAAUUGAGCAGGUGUAUAUGAUAAAAAACGAGCCGUCCGCUAUUUUGGCUUGUCACGACUCCAUUUCGAGGGAGACAAUUCAGAGCCUGUCCAACUGCACCCUCAGGAGUGUUAAGGAUAAGAAGAAAAUCAUGCUGAACAUACAGCCGUAUUACAAGAAGGAGGAGGAGGAUAGGGAGAAGGGGAAGGAGAAGGGGAAGGAGAAGGGGAAGGAGAAAGAGAAGGAGAAGGAGAAAGAGAAGAACAAGGAGGUAAAAAAGGAGAGCAAAAAAGAAGCAAACAGUGAGAGCAGCAAGGAGGAAAACAAAGAGAGUGGUGAAGAGGAAAACAAAGAGAGCGGUGCAGAGGGAAAGGGAGACGAUAAUGACGACGAGAAGGGAGAGGGAAAAACAAAUGGAGAGCACACCCAGGGAGAGAAAGAAGGCACUGAGGAAGGGAGACGCAAAGGUGAAAAGAACGGUGUAGACGGUGAAAAGGAAAUGCCGAGCGAUGAUGAAGAAAAUGGAAUGGAAUGGCCAAGGGAUCUAGACCUAAGGAACUGCAGCGAUAUAGAACUUCGGAGAAAGCUCUGCGUUUUCGGGAGAUAUAAACCACUGCAUUGGGGUGUGAAAGAACUGACUACAUUUUUGAAGUACUAUUUUGAUACGUUAAAAAGAGAUCACGAAAAAUUUGAAAUUCCAGAAAUAAGUGACAUGUGGGCAGAUAAGGGAACCCACUUAGUGACUUUUGCAUGCAAAAAUGAAAAAUCGAGAUUCAACAUGCUCCUAGUAAGGGCAUGCUACCUAAAUGAAGAUGAUGCCAAAAAUAAUGUUAAAAACGCAUUAAGGGUAUGGAUACAGUUUGAAAAAUGGACCCCAUAUAAGAACCCCCUAAAUGGAAAAUACAAAAGUUAUAAAAUGCCAAGAAGUGAUUUUAACAAAUAUCCCUACCUACAUGAACACGCCAUAGAUAAAGGUAGCUACACACGCAGCUACAGAAACCCUCCCUAUGAUGAUUACCCAAGGCAUAGAACAGGUUCUUACAGAUAUAGUGGAAAUGCACCUAGCAAAAUCAACCCCCCUUCAGAUUAUUACCAUCAUAAUGCCGAUGAUAGAGGUAGAAGAAAUUAUGACUAUGUGAAAAAUUCCUAUGGGAAUAGAUCCCCUUCUCCUCCUCCACCAUCACAUUACAACAAAUAUAAGAAAAAAUACUCUCGUUCGCCGACCCCUAAAAAUUAUUAUAAAAAGAAACUUAGAAGAUCCAGGUCGCAUGACUCGCGCAAGGAGGAAAUCAACUCCCACUGGCGUAAAAAUAAGAGCAAAGCGUACCAUUAGGUGUUUGUGUGGGUGGGGAGGGAGCGCCACGCAUAUAUAAACAUGUGUAAACAUAUGUAAAUAUAUAUAAACAUGUGUAAACAUAUAUGUUGUGUGCAUCAUUCCCAUAUGUGUAGUGCCGGGGGCCGGGCGCGCCGAGGGGAACCAUUUUGUUUCCGUCGCGCGUGUGUUCAUCUGUGCACGUGUGUGUGCCUUUUACCCAUGCGCGCACACGAGGACUGGGCCUGUCUAGGGCUCAACACAAAUUGUUUUUGUAUUGAGUGCGGCAGGGGAGGCACCGACCAGGGGCGCAUGCAGCUCGUGAGCGUGCGCCCACUGGAAAAAGUCCCAAAAGUGGAAAAACACGGCAGCUACGAUAGUUGCGGAAGUGCGUCCAAUGCGGCAAUUGCGGCAGUUGUAGCCAUCGUAACCGUCACACCCAUUGCAGUAGUUGCAUAAAUAGCUGCUGUGCGCCAGCUGGGAGCAGGCGUUUCGGGCGACUGCGCCGGGAUGAGUCCAUUCAUAUGUAAUUCAAAAGGGCUGGUCGGUUGGCUGGUUUGCUGACGGGCUGGCAGACCGGCUGGCUGAUCGUCGCUUCUGUUUUUGAAGCUGCAAAACAUUUGUAUUUUUGCGAAAAUUCGUUGUCAUUCUUCGCACACACGUAUGCAUGCGCGUAUAAGGCGGCACAAAACAAACAACUCGCAGAGAUCCCUUUUCAAUAACUUUCCCUUAGAGUUCAUUGUUCCACAGUUAACUGAAUUUAUGGCAUCACGCUUAGGGGAAUUCGCUCGACAUGUAAUUCUAUAUUUUUCCUGUUUUUUCGCUACAAUUUUUGCUUAUUUUUUGCCCAUUCUUUGCCCACUUUUUGCCCAUUUUGCCCCUAUUUUUUACCCCUAUUUUUUACCCCUAUUUUUUACCCCUAUUUUUUGCCCCAUUUUCUACCCCUUUUUUUUUCUCACAUUUGUUUAAUGGCAAAACAUAAUUGCAAAACUAAUUGUAGUGAAAUUACCCCCAUAUAUUACCCUUUA